AUGGAGACUCCUUCAUCCACCGCAAGAGUCACAAGAUCACAAGCUUCCAACACCAACAACAUUCCGAUUUCAAGAAAGAUCGAGGAAUCGGAGAAGAGUCUGUCGAAGUCAAGACAAAGAAAGGGGCAAGUGCAACAACAACAGGAUCGGUGUGCGCUGAUUGACAUAUCGAACGAUUCUCCGAUCGUUGGACUUGCGAGCGGCGAGAUCGAGACGCCGCUGUCGAGUAUUGCGAAGCAGCGGGGAAGCCGAAUGAAGAAGACUCCUGGCUCUGGUGAAGCUUUGCUGAGGGGUCAGGUUAAGACGCUUUUGCAGAAAGUUGAAGAAGAAGCUGAGAUUUCAAAACGCACAAUGGAUUCUCGUCCUUUUCUUCAAUUUGUUAACUCUCCAAUGCAUCUUCUUGCACCAACUCCUGCAAAUACCCCUCAAAUCCCAGAUAUUAACAAUGCUGUCACUGGUGUCACAGAGUUCUCACCUUCUUCUGUUGUCCAAGAACAUCUCAUCCCUCAGGUGGUGAAUGAAGGAGCUGUUGGAAAGAAUGAAGAGAAGAUUGAAUCUGAAAAGAGUGUGUUAAGUCCACUGCUGUUAGAUUUCUCAGACAAAUCUGAGAUUACAGAAGAUUCCAAGAUGGGGUCGACAGAAGAUGAUGGUGAUUCCAUUUGGUCGAUUCAAGUGAAUGCGAGUACACAUGAUGAUGAAGAUGAAGAUGAGGAAAUAGGUGAAGUUGAAUAUGAUGAGGAGGGAGAUGAUUACUAUGAAGGUGCUGAUGAAGAGGAAGAGCAUGUUGAUGGAGGGCUGUUGCUUGAUGAACUAUGUGAGGGUUUGAGCAACAUUGGUGUGAAUGAAAAGGUUGUUCCGAAAUUUGCUGGGAAACAUAUGAGGUUUGUGUAUGGUAGUGAUGAUGAUGAGAUUGUGGAGGUUGUUGAGGAAUGUGGUGGUUGUGAUUCUGAGGUUUUGCAUUUGAAAGGGUUGCCAACUCCAAAAGGAAAGCACAUUCGUUUUGAGGAAGAUGAAGAAAAUUGA